ACUUUUUCUUCUUCAGUUUUCCUUUUCAAUUUUUUUUUUCGUUCUUUUUCGAAUUUUCUUCUGAUUUUGGCAGCCAUUAGAAUUUCAAUCACAAAUUGAACACCAUUAGAUUCAGAUACACAUACAGACACACACAAACACACACAUCUUCUCUCCUAUCGAAUUUCUCUCUAGCGGAUUUUGGUGUCAGCUCGAACAGCUGCGUGGGGAGCUCCGAUUGUUGAGGUAAACUGCAGAGGAACAAAAGGAGAGUCAUGCCUAAGCAUCAUUGGCGUGGAUCAUUCAAAUCGUUCUUCGGGAGUCAUGUCGACCUAGAAAAAGACGAGGAGCUCAAAGGAACUAGAGCAGAAAUAGAAGGUAAAGUGCAGCAGAUCUUAACAGCGCUCAAAGAAGGCGAUAACGAACAAAAAGAGCCACUAAUUGAUCUGAUUACCGAUUUUCACAAUCAGUAUCAGUCUCUUUAUGCACGUUAUGAUCACCUGACAGACGAGCUGCGAAAAAAAGCAACUGAUAAAAAAGGGGACGACAGCUCCUCAUCCAGCUCAGAUUCCUCGGACUCAGAGGAUUCUCCAAAGAAAAAGGAGAAAAAGAACGGGAAAGUGGAGAACGAUCGUGAAAACGAUGCAGCUGGUGUCAAGCAUGAACUCGAGCUGGCACUUGCUGAGCUGGCUGACCUGAGGAGAAAGCUGAUAAUCACUUCAGAAGAAAAGGAAACGCUAGUUAGGGAGUGUGAAAGGUCCUCGAGCAAAAUUGAGGACAUGGAGAAGAUAAUAUCGGAGUUGAAUAGUGAAGCUGAAAGAUUCAAAAACGAGAAUUCCAGAUUAUUGGCUGAAAAUGAGAGUUUGGGUAAAUCGCAAGGUGAGGCGAGCAAGAAGCUGGAGGAAGUUAUUCUAGAGAGAGAGGCUGAUGCUUGGAAAAUCGAGGAGGAGAAGACAAAUGCAGAAAAUUUGAGAGCUGUUAAUGGCCAGUUGCAAGACGAGAAAGACGCUAUAAAGCUAGAAUUGGAAGCAGUGAAGGGGGAAUUUUCUAAUUUAAGGGAGAAACUGAUAUUGGCAGACGAUGAAGUUGCUAAGCUGAGUCAAAUGCAGAAGGCUGCAGAUGAGGAGAAAGGUAGUCUUUUGCUAAAGAUUUCACAUCUUGAAGAACAGGUUAAUCAGGCUGAAAGCAAGAUUCAAGAUCUUGUAAACGAGUCGAGCCAAUUAAGUGAGAAACUGGGCCAGAAAGAAAGAGAGCUGUCGAGUCACGAGGCUUACAGGGAAGAAACCAAUGCGAAACUGGAAUUAGCUGAAAAGGAAAACACUACUCUUUCUUUAAAGAUUUCACAACUCGAGAAUGAGAUCAAACAAGCCGAAGGCAAGAUUCAAGAUCUCGUAAAUGAGACGAGCCAGUUGACAGCCAACUUGGGAGAGAAGCAAAAAGAGUUGUCUAGUCACCUGGAGAGUCACGAGGCUUACAAAGAGGAAACGAGGGAGAAAUUGGAAUUAGCAGAAAAGGAAAUUUCCAAGCUAAGUGAGAUUCACAAGGCUUCCCAGGAGGAGAACACCAAUAUGUUCUUAAAAAUUUCACAGCUAGAGGAUGAGAUAAAACAAUUUGAAAGCAAGAUUCAAAAUCUUGUUGAUGAGUCAAGACAGUUAAGGGAAAAUUUGGCUGAGAAAGAAACAGAACUGUCUGCUCACCUAGUAAGGCAUGAAGCUGACAAAAAGAAAGCAGCAGAGGAACUGGGAUUAGCAGAAAAUAAAAUCACUGAGUUAACUCAGAAGCAAAAGGUUGCCCAAGAGGAGAACUCAAGUCUCCGUAUAAAAAUCUCACAGCUUGAGGAUGACAUAAAACAGGCUGAGAACAAGAUUCAAGAAUUUGUUUCCCAAUCGAGCCAGCUGAGUGAAAGAUUGUCUGCAAAAGAAAGAGAGCUUUCGAGCCACCUCGAGAUUUACGAGGCUCACAAAGAACAGGCAUCAACUCGUAUGAGGGAUUUGGAAUUGGAACUCGACUCAUCUCACGCUCAAACAAGAGAUUUUGAAAAACAGAAAAACGAUGAGCUUUCUGCUCUUCUCCAAAAACUCGAGGCCCAUGAAACUGACUCGUUAAACAAAAUAAAUGAUCUAAAAGCCCAAAUAAGCAGCCUUCAACAAGAGGCUGAUUCCUUGAGGGCCCAGAAAAGUGACCUCGAAGAACAAAUAGUGCAUAAAAGCAGUGAAGCCUCGGAUCAGAUCAAGAACUUGAUCAAUCAGGUCAAUGCAAAGCAGAUUGAACUAGAGUCGGUGGUCAGCCAAAAAACUGAAAUCGAGAAACUAAUGCAGGAAAAAGUCAAAGAAGUCUCUGAACUUGAGAUCCAGAUAGAGACUCUGAAAGAAGAGCUGGCAAACAAAAGUUCGGUGCUAGACCGAAACGUAGAAGAAAAGCAGACUCUUUUGUUGCAAGUGAUGGAUCUGGAACAAAAGCUCCACUCUACAGGCAAUGAAAAACUGGAAUUGGAGGAACAGCUUAAAGCGAAAGGCAAAGAAAUUUCAGAAUUUUUAACUCGGUCAGAAGCUUUAAAAGGAGAGCUUGAGAAAAUGUCCACAGAGAAACAGAGAACACUUGAAGAGAAAAAGAAUCUUGCCUUGAAACUGCAGGACCUUACCAUGGACCUCGACUCCCUAACCAGACAGAAACAUGAAAUGGAAGAGGAGAACUCAAGUCUCUGCAUAAAAAUCUCACAGCUCGAGGAUGACAUAAAACAGGUUGAAAACAAGAUUCAAGAUUUUGUUUCCCAAUCGAGCCAGCUGAGUGAAAAAUUGUCUGCAAAAGAAAGAGAGCUUUUAAUCCACCUCGAGAUUCACGAGGCUCACAAAGAACAGGCAUCAACUCGUGCGAGUGAUUUAGAAUUGGAACUCGACUCGUCUCACGCUCGAAGACGAGAUCUUGAAAAACAGAAAAACGAUGAGCUAUCUGCUCUUCUCCAAAAACUCAAGGCUCAUGAGAUUGACUCCUUAAACCAAAUAAAUGAUCUAAAAGCUCAAAUAAGCAGCCUUCAACAAGAGGCUGAUUCCUUGAGGACUCAGAAAAUUGAUCUCGAAGAACAAAUAGUGCAUAAAAGCAGUGAAGCCACAGAUCAGAUCAAGAACUUGACUGAUCAGGUCAAUGCAAAGCAGACUGAACUAGAGUCGCUGGUCAGCCAAAAACCUGAAAUUGAGAAACUAAUGGAGGAAAAAGUCAAAGAAGUCUCUGAACUUGUGAUCCAGAUAGAGACUCUGAAAGAAGAGCUGGUAAACAAAAGUUCGGUGCUAGACCAGAACGUAGAAGAAAAGCAGACUCUCUUGUUGCAAGUGAUGGAUCUGGAACAAAGGCUCCACUCUACAGGCAAUGAAAAACAGGAAAUGGAGGAACAGCUUAAAGCGAAAGGCCAAGAAAUUUCAGAAUUUCUAACUCGGUCAGAAGCUUUAAAAGGAGAGCUUGAGAAAAUGUCCACAGAGCAACAGAAAACACUUGAAGAGAAGGAGAGUCUUGCUUUGAAAGUGCAGGACCUUACUAAGGACCUCGACUCUCUAACCAGACAGAAAUAUGAAAUGGAAGAGGAGAACUCAAGUCUCUGCAUAAAAAUCUCACAGCUCGAGGAUGGCAUAAAACAGGCUGAAAACAAGAUUCAAGAUUUUGUUUCCCAGUCAAGCCAGCUGAGUGAAAAAUUGUCUGCAAAAGAAAAUGAGCUUUCAAGUCACCUUGAGAUCCAUGAGGCUCACAAAGAACAGGCAUCAACUCGUGCGAGGGAUUUGGAAUUGGAACUCGACUCGUCUCACGCUCAAAGAAUAGAUCUUGAGAAACAGAAAAACGACGAGCUAUCUGCUCUUCUCCAAAAACUCGAGGCUCAUGAGACUGACUCGUUAAACCAAAUCAAUGAUCUGAAAGCUCAAAUAAACAGCCUUCAACAAGAGGCUGAUUCGUUGAGGACCCAGAAAAUUGACCUCGAAGAACAAAUGGUGCUUAAAGGCAGUGAAGCCUCCGAUCAAAUCAAGAACUUGACUGAUCAAGUCAAUGCAAAGCAGACCGAACUGGAGUCGCUGGUCAGUCAAAAAACCGAAACCGAAAAGCUAAUGGAAGAAAAAGUCAAAGAAGUCUCUGAACUCAUGAUCCAGAUAGAGACUCUGAAAGAAGAGCUGACAAACAGAAGUUCAGAGCUAGACCAAAAUCUAGAAGAAAAGAAUACUCUUUUGUCACGAGUGAUGGAUCUGGAACAAAAGCUCCACUCAACAGACAAUGAAAAACUGGAAUUGGAGGAACAGCUUAAAGCAAAAGGCCAAGAAAUUACAGAAUUUCUAGCUCAGUCGAAAGCUUUAAAAAGAGAGCUCGAGAAAAUGUCCACCGAGCAACAGAAAACAAUUGAAGAGAAAGAGAAUCUUGCUUUGAAACUGCAGGACCUUACUACGGACCACAACUCCCUGAUCAAUCAGAAACAUGAACUGGAAGAGCAGUUUAGGAGCAAAGAUGAGGACCUUAGUCAUUUGCGAGAAGAAAAUGCCAAGCUGCAAGAAAAAAGUUCUGAGAUGGAGAGGUUAUUGGCCGAAAAAGAAAGCGAGCUUUCCCUUUUACAGAAAAUGUCCGAAGAUGGAGAAAAUGAAUCAUUUGCCCGGAUCGCUGCAUUAACUGCAGAGAUCAACAGUCUUCAAGAGAAAUUAGGUUCUUUGGUAGCUCAGAAAAGUGAAGUUGAUAUUGUUCUAGAGAAGAAGAGUGUAGAAAUAUCUGAAUUCCUGAUACAGAUUGAGAAGCUAAAAGGGGAACUAUCCGAAAAGUCAGCAGAUGGAGAAAAGUUGCUGCAAGAGAAGGAAAAUGUGACGGUUCAGCUAAAGGAAUUGCAACUGCAGCUGGAGACCCUUCGUCAGCAAAAAGAUGAUCUUGAAAAUCAGUUAAUGGAGGAGAAAACUGGUCUAGAGAGCAAAGUUGCUGCCUUAGAAAAAUCUAUAACUGAGAGAGAUGAUGAGGUCAUUGCAGUCGGGAAAAAAAUGGAGAACGUGAAGAAUGAAGCAUCUGCUGAAAUAGCUUCUUUGAAAACCCAACUGGAAUCAUUACAGUCCGAAAAAACCCAACUGGAGGCACAAAUCGAGAGAACCAAGCAAGAGUCCACAGAAAGCUUGGCCCUGGCUGAGAACAGUAACACCGAACUAGCGAACAAAAUCACCGAGCACGAAAGAAAGCUGAAAGAGAAGGAAGACGAACUUUUCACAUUGCUCGAGGAGCACAAAAAACUCGAAGCUAAGCUCCAAGAAUGCCAGGAAAGUCUCGAAUCAUCAGAGCAAAAGAUAGAAGAACUGACCCAACAGCUCGAGAAAGUAACCGAAACAAAAGAUCAGGAGCUUCAUCAACUGGAAGAAAAAAUCGAGGACCUGAAGAGGGACCUCGAGAUGAAAGACGACGAAAUCAACACGAUGUUGGAAAACGUGCGAAACACAGAGGUCAAGCAGCGGCUGACGAGCCAGAAGCUCCGGAUUACCGAACAACUACUAAGUGAAAAAGACGAGAGCUACCUGAGAAAGGAAGAGAAGCUUCUGGAAGAACAUAAAUCUUUAGAAGACAAAGCUCUCUUGCUCUCCACCAUAAUCACUGUUUACAAAGAAGCUCACACGAGGAUCGCGUCAGAAAUUUCUGAAAAGGUAAACGACAUGUUCACUGCCUUUGACGCCUUCCACGUGAAAUUCGAGGAGGAUUACGGUCACUUGGAGUCACGGGUUUAUGAAAUUGGAAACGAGCUUAAGGCCGCCACAAGCUUCAUCAAGAAGGAAAUUUUCGGUUUGGGUCGAGCAUUGAACGAGGAAAAGGUUAAGGGAUCGGCAUUGGAAGCUAAGACUUGUGAGCUAAAGAUCAAGCUGCAAAAUAAUGCUGAAGAGAAGAGAAAUUUGGCGCAGACCGUGAGAUUACGGGAGGAGAAAGUCGGUGAGCUCGAGAAAACGAUGGCUGACAAGGAGAUACAAAUGGGAGAGUUGGUAAAGAAGAUGAAGGAGAAGGAAACAGAGUUCUUGAAUUUGAGUGAGGAAAAAAGAGAGGCCAUAAGACAGUUGAGUGUCUUGAUCGAGUAUCAUCGUAAUAGGUACGAUGAUCUCAAGGGCAUGCUUUUGGGGUUUGGGUUAUUUAGUGUUAUUGUCACAUUUUUUGUA